UGCAGGGUCUUUCUUGCCCAGCAUGUGCCUGAACAAGCCUCUAAAUAGCUUGCAACUUCCACUGCUACCAGAGCCGCAAGAGACAGAUUCGAAGGAGCAAAGCGUGGAUGAGCUCUUGGAAGCCUCUGUGAAGGCUGUCAAGGAAGCACCGAACCGAUCGGUGAAGAGGCGCUUGAGACAAAGACUUCACAAGAAGCUGGGAGCCAUGCUGUCACAGGAAGAAUACGAGGCAGCGCUGUCUCGUUUGCGAUCCAUGGAGAGCAGCAGCAGUGGAAGCGAGGGAUGGUCAGAACCAUCAGAACCCGCCAGGCCACGAGCUGAGCGACGCAAUUCUGAGCCGGUUUCCAAUCAAGGGCUUGACCAUUGGAAGCCUUCAAUGGCCAUGAAUCCGGUGAGGCAUGCACAGAGCAUCUUGCAGCAGGUGGCAGGCAGUUCACCAGAGAAUACGCCAGUCCCCGAGAUCGACAUGCCAGGUGGCUUCAUGGCUGCACCCCCUGGAGCUUGGGCCGCGGCGCCGCUGCCGGUGCAACGCACCUUCAUUCACUACGACGAAGUCAAUCCUGAUUCGAACAUCCCAAGCAGGGGAUCGGGCAUCCAUCGGUCCUCCUCGGUGUGACGACGGACGAUCUGUCAGCGUGCGCGCCGUCACCGGAAUGUGCCAGGGUCAAAACACUUAAGGGUGACUUGCCC